AUGGCUGGACGUCCCAAACCUUGGGGUCUACGUGGUUGCGGAUUUCCUGCACUUCUUCUCCUCACUCUUCCCUUCCUCCAAACUCUCCCUAGCCACUCGUCCAUCACACCCGAGUUCAGGUGGCGCUUUUACCUGAGGGAAAACUGGACCCAUGGGGAGACUGCACAGUCUAGCCUACUAGCUACCACCGAUUGCCAGCCCGGAGGGUGCCAGGCCUCUAUCAACUUCACCAUCCCUGCCUUCCUUUCCAUUCGGCGGGGGCACUCCAACUCCGCUAUCUGCUUUCUCUAUGACCAAACCCAUCCUAACUGCCGAGCAUACUGGGUCCGGACAAACGGGGGCUGCCCAUACACCUCCUGCAAAAUGCAUAAGGCCCAACUAGAUAUUUAUGGAAACCAGUGCUCCCGAUAUCGCUUCACCACUGAUGGGAGUAGUGCUUGGUACCUCACCAUCCCCCACCCUUGGGAUCCACGAUGGGCUACUGGAGUUGAGGCCAAACUUUACACAUGGCCCUCUGAUUCAUAUCCAACGGCCUCCUUGCUCAUCUACAGGGCCUAUGUUAGAAACAUUCCCAAAAAUCCUCAGGACCUCCAGAGCCAGUCAUGGUCCAUCCAGGCCCAGGAAUAA